GGUCUGGCUGUGAUGCAAGGCGUUCUAGCAGGACGCCGGGCUCAACGAUACCCUGAAGUUGUUCAAUUCUUUCAAAAGGUCGCGGACAAUGAUAUUCGCCGUGACUUUGCGGCGCCGUCUAGAUGUAUGUCAGGAUAUUGCGGCCCGCAUCUUCAGGCUGCCUGCUGGCCGAUUGUCAUCGGUGUUCAACGCACAGCUGUGGCGGCAAGCACGAACAGCGGCAAUGCUACAUGGCGAGGUGGUACGCCCUGCUGGCGAUUAGAUGCCGUGGUGCAUUCAGUUGAGCCUAGAUCCGUUUUCCAGGUAUUCAGACGGCUGAAAUCUCUCGCGAGGCUGAGCGCAGGAGUAAAGUUGAGUGCCCUACCAGGUGAGUUUGUCAAAUUAACGAUGUCAACCUUGCGGACCGUUUGGUGGAACACGAUGAGAUUACCGAUCUUAUUCCGAUGUGCAUCGGCGAAAUGAAGCUCUUAAAUUUUCUGUCGGCUGCUCUCAGCGAUUAUGGGACCCUUUUUACGUAUUCUGCGAGGUACAAGGGGUUCAGAUGCACCCUUCAUAUGUUUUUACCGACUCCGAGCCCAAGUUGUGCCAUCGAUGAAUGUUCUGUCAGCGCUCCGAGCGCCAUUCAUCUUUGCGGCUUCGCAAAGACGCAGAGAGUGAAAACAUACCAAUUGGGGAAGC